AUGUUCUCUUACACAUUGCAAGUAAACAUCCGUGAUAGUUUAGUGGCUAGAAUUACCGUUUGUCGCAUGGUAGACCGGGGUUCAAUUCCCCGUCGCGGAGCAUUUCUUUCUAGCGCAAAUGGUUUAGUGGUAAAAUCCAACGUUGCCAUCGUUGGGCCCCCGGUUCGAUUCCGGGUUUGCGCAUUUUUUUACUAUAAUUAUUGUAGUAUGUAUGUAUAA